AUGGCUGCUGCUGUUGAGACCGACUGGUCCUCUCUGGGCUGGCACGGAUCAAUCUUUCUGAGACCAGGGGCUCUACCGGACUGCUUUCUCCGUAGCUCUCAUCCGACGCCAAAGGGGCGGGACUUCCGGUGUGUUUCCGCGGUCCCAGAGCGCGGUGUGAGCUAUUCUAGAAGACAGGGAAGAAGGAUUCUCCUUUUGGUUACCUACCACUGGCCUGUGGCUGCCAUGCAGAUGGAUCCUGAGCUGGCCAAGCAUCUCUUCUUUGAAGGGGCUACUGUGGUCAUCCUGAACAUGCCCAAGGGGACAGAGUUUGGCAUUGACUACAAUUCCUGGGAGGUGGGGCCUAAGUUCCGGGGUGUGAAGAUGAUUCCCCCGGGCAUCCACUUCCUCCACUACAGCUCUGUAGACAAGGCCAAUCCCAGGGAGGUUGGCCCUCGUAUGGGCUUCUUUCUUAGCCUGCAGCAACGGGGGCUGACAGUUUUGCGCUGGAAUGCCAUCCGGGAAGAGGUAGACUUGUCCCCAGCCCCAGAGGCUGAAGUAGAAGCCAUGAGGGCCAAUCUUCCAGAGCUGGAUCAAUUUCUGGGUCCUUACCCAUAUGCGACUCUCAAAAAAUGGAUCUCACUCACCAACUUUGUUAGUGAGGCCACGAUGGAGAAGCUACAACCUGAGAGCCGGCAGAUCUGUGCCUUCUCAGAUGUGCUGCCGGUUCUCUCCAUGAAGCACACCAAGGAUCGAGUGGGGCAGAACCUACCCCUCUGUGGCACUGAGUGUAAAAGCUACCAAGAGGGCCUGGCCCGGCUACCUGAAAUGAAACCUAGAGCUGGGACAGAGAUCCGCUUCUCGGAGCUACCCACACAGAUGUUUCCAGCAGGUGCCACACCAGCAGAGAUAACUAGGCACAGCAUGGACCUAAGCUAUGCCUUGGAGACUGUGCUUAACAAGCAGUUCCCCAGCAGCCCCCAGGAUGUGCUUGGUGAACUCCAGUUUGCCUUUGUGUGCUUCCUGCUGGGUAACGUGUAUGAAGCAUUUGAGCAUUGGAAGCGGCUUCUGAAUCUCCUUUGCCGAUCAGAAGCAGCCAUGGUAAAGCAUCACACCCUGUACAUCAACCUCAUCUCCAUCCUGUACCACCAGCUUGGUGAGAUCCCUGCCGACUUCUUUGUGGACAUUGUCUCCCAAGACAACUUCCUUACCAGUACUUUACAGGUUUUCUUUUCCUCCGCUUGCAGCAUUGCUGUGGAUGCCACCCUGAGGAAGAAAGCUGAAAAGUUCCAAGCCCACCUGACCAAGAAGUUCCGGUGGGACUUUGCCUCAGAGCCUGAGGACUGUGCCCCAGUAGUGGUGGAGCUCCCUGAGGGCAUCGAGACUGGCUAAUUCUGCAAAUGUUCAAGCCAUGAGAGGCCUCUUCCAAUUUGGCUGUAGCCCUGGUCUCUCCUUCACCAUAUCCCAUCCUGGAACCCUCCGGGCCAGUGAUCCUACCAGGUUUUGUAGAGAUGGAGCCAGAAUUCACUCCUUCACCAAUAAAUAAGUUCCUUCAUUGCCAAAGAGGCUAUAUAGAUUCUGAAAGCACAUUUGUGGGUUCCCUGUCAGCCUGGCCCUGGUUCCAACCUGACAGGCUCUUUUAAAAGCUUUUGGGAGAGACCUGCUUCAACAGCAGCCUAAUUCCUUCUCUUGAGAAGAAAUUGAACUGAAAGUCCAUGAGAACUGACUGCUUAUUCCAGAGGAUGAUUAGAAAACGAGAAGCCCCGGGGUUCCAAAAUGUCAGUUUGUGAUUUUUUUUUUUUUUUUUUUUUUUUUUUUGAGUUAAAUGUAGAGUCAUGAGCUGAGCAAGAAUUUCUGCCUGCCUCUGGUUGAAUGGGAGUCCCUGAUAGAAAGUGUGGGCCCUCAAGUGCCCAGUAUCAGCAGGGGUAACAAAGAAGACAGUUAGAUUGAGUGACAGGUAAUCACCAUUAGCUAUUCUCCCUAAAUCCCAUGCUUCUGUCCAGAGGCCUGGUAGGUAAUCUGAAAUUGAUGUGGUUCCUGAUCUCAGGGGCCCAGCUGGUAUCACCUCCCAUUCAUUCUACUCUGAGAUCUCAGACCUAAAAGUGGGAUGUGGCAGCCCUCUCAGAUGUCCCCAUUCUUACCAGAGCCACCAUGACUGUUUCUGAGGACCUGGAGAUUCUACCAUAAAAAAAAAAAAAAAAAAAAAAAGGUUUUUGUCCAUGCAGGUUUCCUAAGCCCUGUUGACAUUUCAUGGUUUUUUCCUGAGCUCUGAAGAUGAUCUAGUCGGCCUAAAUCUUUCAUCCCUGCUAUGGACUCUGUCAUCAGAGUAAUGAUGCUUCUGAUUUCCCAGAAGUCCCAAGGGCAUGCCCAUCGUGCUAUGUGGGCAGAGUUUUACCUCUGGAUGGACACAGUCCCUCUACUCUGACCUCACACUGUUGUACUCUUGAGUCUGGGUGCCAUCCUCUCCAAUGCUGGGGCUCACAGCAGGUUUCUGAAUGAGAAUUCCUGCUGGUUAAGGCUUUCGGGUUUUCUUGUUUCCUUGGAGAUGAUUUUCCAAGAGCAUAAUGUACAUUAAAGUCUGAAUCGAGACUAA